UUCUUCUUCUUCUUCUCUUUUUUUGCGAACCGAGAGAGCAAAGGCAGUCCAGUAUCCGUGUGCCUCUCCCUGCUGACAUCCCGCUGCAGCUGUCUCGCAGACAUCACGGCUGUGUAUCUAAAGAGAGAGAGAGACCUGCAAUGUCAUUUUUGAGGGACAGUGCUGCUUCCUGACUGUUUCACUGUGCUCAGCUUGUCUUGACUCUGGGCGCCCCGAAUCUUCGCCAGCAACAUGUUCCGACGCACGAAAAGCUGCCGCACCAGUAACAGGAAGAGCCUCAUCUUGACGAGCACCUCCCCCACCCUGCCCCGCCCACAUUCCCCACUUCCAGGUCACAUUGGGAGCAGCCCUCUGGACAGCCCCCGAAAUUUCUCCCCCAGCACCCCAGCACACUUCUCUUUCGCCUCGUCCAGAAGGGCCGACGGGAGGAGAUGGUCUCUGGCCUCGCUGCCCUCCUCUGGCUAUGGGACCAACACGCCCAGCUCAACGUCCUCCAGCUCUUCCCAGGAGCGACUGCACCAGCUGCCGUUCCAGCCGACCCUGGAUGAGCUGCACUUCCUGUCCAAGCACUUCGGCAGCACGGAGAGCAUCACCGACGACGACGGGGGCCGGCGCUCCCCCCAUGUCCGGCCCCGCUCCCGCAGCCUGAGUCCGGGACGCUCCCCAUCCUGCUAUGACAACGAAAUUGUCAUGAUGAACCAUGUCUACAAAGAGCGCUUCCCUAAGGCCACGGCCCAGAUGGAGGAGCGCUUGGCCGACUUCAUCCAGCGCUACUCCCCCGAGAACGUACUCCCGCUGGCCGACGGGGUCCUCAGCUUCAUCCACCACCAGAUCGCCGAGCUGUCCCGCGACUGCCUGGCCAAAGCGCGCGACGAGCUCAUCACCACCGUCUACUUCUUCGAGCUGCAGGAGAACCUGGACAAACUCCUGAACGACGCUUAUGAGCGCUCAGAGAGCACAGAAGUGGCCUUUGUGACCGAGCUUGUGAAGAAGCUCCUGAUCAUCAUCUCCCGCCCGGCCAGGCUGCUGGAGUGCCUGGAGUUCAACCCAGAAGAGUUUUAUCACCUGCUGGAGGCCGCAGAGGACCACGCCAAGGAGGGACACCUUAUGAAGACGGACAUCCCGCGUUACAUCAUCAACCAGCUGGGCCUGACCAGAGACCCUCUGGAAGAAAUGGUGAAUCUGGAUAACUAUGAUAGCGAAGGACCCCACACCCCCGAGACUGAUGAUUCUGCAGAGGGCAAGACCAGAGCCAAAAAGCCUCCCAGUGAGACAGACUUUCAGACCAUCAAGCUGAUCAGUAAUGGAGCGUACGGUGCCGUGUACCUGGUGCGGCACAGAGAGACCCGGCAGCGCUUUGCCAUGAAGAAGAUCAACAAGCAGAACCUGAUCCUGAGGAACCAGAUCCAGCAGGCCUUCGUGGAGCGAGACAUCCUCACCUUCGCCGAGAACCCCUUCGUGGUCAGCAUGUUCUGCUCCUUCGAGACCCGCCGCCACCUCUGCAUGGUCAUGGAGUACGUGGAGGGGGGAGACUGUGCCACUCUCCUGAAGAACAUUGGGGCGUUGCCAGUGGAGAUGGCACGUAUGUAUUUCGCGGAGACUGUGCUGGCCCUGGAGUACUUGCACAACUACGGCAUUGUGCACCGUGACCUCAAGCCUGACAAUCUGCUGAUCACCUCCAUGGGGCACAUCAAGCUGACAGAUUUCGGCCUGUCCAAGAUGGGUCUGAUGAGCCUCACCACAAACCUGUACGAGGGGCACAUUGAGAAGGAUGCCCGCGAGUUUCUGGACAAGCAGGUGUGUGGCACCCCAGAGUACAUCGCUCCGGAGGUGAUCCUGAGGCAGGGCUACGGCAAGCCGGUGGACUGGUGGGCCAUGGGCAUCAUCGUGUACGAGUUUCUGGUGGGCUGUGUGCCCUUCUUUGGGGACACACCAGAGGAACUCUUUGGGCAGGUUAUCACAGAUGACAUUGCUUGGCCAGAUGGCGACGAGGCACUUCCUGCCGAUGCGCAGAGCCUGAUCUCCGCCCUGCUGCAGACCAAUCCGCUGAUGCGGUUGGGCACAGGGGGAGCGUUUGAGGUGAAGCAACACGCAUUCUUCGCCGAGCUGGACUGGAACAGCCUCCUGCGGCAAAAAGCGGAGUUCAUUCCCCAUCUGGAGUCGGAGGAGGACACCAGCUAUUUUGACACGCGAUCUGAACGCUACCACCACAUCAACUCCUACGACGAGGACGACACCAACGACGACGAACCCGUGGAGAUCCGGCAGUUCUCCUCCUGCUCCCCUCGCUUCAGCAAGGUGUACAGCAGCAUGGAGCACCUAUCCCAACUGGAGCAGAAGCCCCCCUCUGUCACCAGGAGGGGAAACAAAACCCACCGUGAGGACAAAGUGGCCAAGAGGGAGAGUCUGGGCAGCUUCACCAUGCGAGACAAGAGCUGGAGGACGGGGUCCCCCGAAAUGAAGCGUCUGUCCUGCUCCGAGUCCUUGUAUAUGGAGGGGGACUCCAGCCCCCCCUUGGGGGCCCGAAGGAGGUUCUCCGCCCUGAUGGACACGCACCGCUUUGCCUCCCCCCUGGAGGGAGAUCAGGAGUUUGGUCCCCGCCAGGCCCCUGUAAAGGCCAGGGGGGCCUCUUUCGAGGGAGCGACAUUGCCACAUUCUGCCCCGACAGAACAGAAAACUCCCCCAAAAGAGGGCAACGGGACAACCCCAGGAGACAAGCCACUUCGGCCGGGCGACGCAGCAGGGGCGGUGAGCGCAGGCCCCCCCGCUGCUGCUGCCGUGGCGAUAGCCCGGGACACGGUGACCCCUGACCCCCUGGGCCUGCGGGCCACCAACGACCUGGUCCUGCGUCGGGCGCGGCACCAGCAGCUGUCCGGAGAGAGCGAGAAGCGCAGCCCUCGAGCCGGAACAAAGGUCAUCAAGUCCGCCUCUGCCACCGCGCUGUCCGUCAUCAUCCCUACAGUGGAGCAGCACGGCAGCUCUCCGUUGGCCAGCCCCAUGUCCCCCCGCUCCCUGUCCUCCAACCCGUCAUCCAGGGACUCGUCCCCCAGCCGGGACUACUGCCCGGCCGUGAGCGCUCUGCGCUCGCCCAUCACCAUCCACCGCUCGGGCAAGAAGUACGGCUUCACCCUGCGCGCCAUCCGCGUCUACAUGGGCGACAGCGACGUGUACAGCGUGCACCACAUCGUCUGGCAUGUGGAGGACGGAGGCCCCGCCCAGGAGGCAGGGCUGUGUGCCGGUGACCUCAUCACUCAUGUGAACGGCGAGGCCGUUCAUGGAUUGGUCCACACAGAGGUGGUGGAGCUCAUCCUGAAGAGUGGCAACAAGGUGACAGUGACCACCACACCCUUUGAGAACACCUCGAUCAAAAUUGGUCCGGCACGCAAAUCCAGCUACAAGUCAAAGAUGGCACGCCGUAACAAGCGGACAAUGGCAAAGGAAGGACAAGAGAGUAAGAAGCGGAGCUCUCUGUUCCGGAAAAUUACCAAGCAGUCCAACCUGCUGCACACCAGUCGCAGCCUCUCCUCGCUCAACCGCUCUCUCUCCUCCAGUGAAAGCCUCCCUGGCUCGCCCACACACAGCCUGUCAGCCCGGUCGCCCACUCAGAGCUACCGCUCCACCCCCGACUCCUCCUACCUCGGCGCUUCGUCUCAGAGCAGCUCUCCGGCCUCCAGCACGCCCAACUCCCCGGCAGCGACGCAGCACAUGCGGCCCAGCUCCCUGCACGGCCUGUCCCCCAAGCUGCACCGGCAGUACCGCUCAGCCCGCUGCAAGUCCGCCGGCAACAUCCCGCUGUCCCCGCUGGCCCACACGCCCUCGCCCACGCAGUCCUCGCCCCCGCCGCUGCCCGGCCACACGGUGGGCAGCUCCAACACCACGCAGACCUUCCCCGCCAAGCUGCACUCGUCCCCGCCCGUGGUGCGGCCGCGGCCCAAGAGCGCCGAGCCGCCCCGCUCCCCGCUGCUGAAGCGCGUGCAGUCGGCCGAGAAGCUGGGCUCGCCCCUGUCCUCGCAGGACAAGAAGGGCGCGGGCGGGGUGGCGGGCGUGGUCCUGCGCAAGCACAGCCUGGAGGUGUCGCACUCCGAGUUCCGCAAGGACUCCUUCCACAGCGAGCUGGGCCUGCAGAGCCUGCUGGAGACGGAGGGGGAGAACCUGCCCCCUCACACGCCCUCCUGCCCCUCCCCCACCUCCUGCGAGACGGGCGUGCUGAAGCCCGCCAGGAAGCUGGGCAGGCAGGAGUCGCCCCUCAGCCGGGACGCCCUGCUGGCCGGGAGGGAGCGCUUCGACGAGUCUGCGGAGGGCGGCUUCAGCGACAGGCUGGGGGGGGUCCAGACGCACCUGCAUAUGCAGCCCGUGGGUACCAAAUCCCCGCUGGCAGAGCCCUCCAGGGCCAAAGCAGAGUCCCACCCAGCCCCGCUCACCCCGUUGUCAGCCCACAGAGCCAGCCCCGUGGGCCAGUCCCCACAUCCCAGAGACUUGGCUGUCCCCUCUGUGGACAAAACCAGCCCCAGGACCCCGGAGAGGAGCCCUGCGCUGAGCCCGGCCGAGAGGGACAGGAAGCCGCAGGGGCCCCAGGCUGAGAGCAGCUCCAGGGGCCCAGAGAGGGAGGUGCAGCAGGAGGCUGAGAGGAGGCUGGGGCCUGCCAGAGCCAGCCCACAGUGGGAGACGGCAGGGCGCAGGGGCCCGGACAGAGCCCUGGGUCCGGUGGUGACCCCUGCAGAGGCCCCCAGGACUGGCCUGGGGGACGGCAUUAGGAAAGGAGCGCUAGGCAGCAGUUACAGAACUCCAGACACCAGGGCUAAAAGCUCCGCAGUCCCACUCUCUGCACUGGCUCCUGCCAAGUCCAGGCAGGACAAGGGCCCGGCCCCAGUCAACUGCUACCGGGGAGCGCUGGACUGGGAGGAGAAGUGUCUCCUGGAGGUGGUGGAGGAGCACUCACCCUCCCCGACCCCCUCCCCCACCGCAGCGUCCCCCGGCCCCGCCAAGUCCCCCGCCGAUAAGUCCAGCUUCGUCACGCAGCUCACCAGCGUGGCCAAAACUGUGCUGGGGCCCAUCAAGGGGGGCUCCCAGGAGCUGCUCAAGGGGAAAGACGGCCCCAAGGCGGCGGACAGCAGCUCUGUGGGGAAGGCAGAGCCCUCGUCUGGGAGUCGCCCGCCCCCCGCGCUCCCCCCCUCCUCAGGACCGGUCACCUGCACUCCGGUCGAGAAGACGGAGGCGGCCCACAAACACCACUCAUGACUGCGUCAGAAGGUGGGGAGGGGAGGGGAGGGGAGGAGGAGGGCGGUGAGCUGGGGAUGACUUGCAUUUCUGUGAGUUUGAGAGCAAUGCACAAUUCCAGGCACUUAAAGGAGCAUUCCAGCCAUGUGUGAAAAGACAUGAAACCUGUCCAUGAAACAUACUCAGAAAAUGUAUAGAUUAAAAUAGACAAGUAAAACAAUUGUAAAGGUGCUUCAACGGCUGUUUUCAAUUGUGUACAUACAAGGUGUUUCCUCCACCAUAUAUUAUAUAUACAUAUAAAUAUAAAACAUAUCUGUGUGAAUGCAUGUUAAAUAUUGUCUGUACAUAUGAAUAUUCUAAAGAUGAGGAUAAAAGUGCUUUACUGAACUACAAAUGCUGAAUACUGUGAACACCAAAUCCAGUCACUCCAGUUAUGUACCAUCGUGUAAACGCCUGUGUUUCUGUCUCAUUAUCAAGCAGGGAAGUGGAAGUGGCAUAUCUGCGGCUGCAGAAGAGAUGUUAUUAAAAAUCCAUUGUUACAAAUUCUGUAUUUUGUGGAAAACAAAAAUAGAUAAGAAACGCUUUGUGUCUCACUGAUGAGCCCAUUUUACAUUAGUAGAGUGAGACUGGAAGACAGCGACUGUCUUGCAAAUUACCUCGUCAGCCUCUCUUCCAUGAAAAGCCUGUGCGAAUGUUUUGUUUUGUGACUAGCAGGGGUGUCCCAGAUCUCGGAGACUAAGUAGAUUUUACAUGCUUCAUAAUGAAUUAGGCUACGCCUUGCCAGCGCCAUGUAACAUUCUGCGUCUCCAGCAUGGGACGGCCUGGAUAACUGCAAUGGCGGUUGGGUUUUCCGGGAAGCAUUGCGUGUCAAAGUCCACCCAUUUGCAACUGGCCUGUCCCGCCGUACUGUAUGGGUCAGCGACAAAAGAAAAAAGCUGAAUUUAACACCAUGGAUGGCAGCUGAGGGACACACAAUGCAACGACGUGUAUGUGAAUCAGUUCUCAUAUGCAGAGGAAUGGAAGCUACCUGGGCACGUGCCACAGGGCUCUGGGUAGUACUCUGGGUAGGCCUUUACCUCAGUGGACAUGGUGACUGAGUUCUUCAUUGCACUGCUUUGCAUAUAAUACAGUAGGUUAACGGAAGGGAAUAAAUGACCUGCUCUUCACACAUUUUAAGUAUGAUACACAAAAGUUGAAGAUGCAACCUUCUGAAAGGAGAUAGACGCACAACAAUGUGUGCUGUAUGGGUACAGACACCAGAGGCCCUCUUUUCUUCCGUUGGCUCAUUCAGACUUUUAGCCAGGGAAAAUUGCAUCUGUAGGCUUGUGCUUAGAUUCUGAGUGAGUUUGUAAAUAAAUACUUUUAAGGGCUGGAUCUAGAAGCAAAGGGGAAUCCUGACUGUUGUUCAUGUCGGACCGUCUGGUGUUGCACAAAAGAUGCCAUGUACUCUGUGUAGAAAGAGCCUAUUUCCCACCAGUAGUGGCGCUCUUGCAAUGUAUUGCUAUUUUCUGCACUUCUAAUUUUCCAAAAGAUGUUGACUGGACUAGGACCCAAAGGGUAUCUGAUAAAGACAGAGAUAUGUUGUGUUGUUGUUAGAAAUCUAUGGCAACCCACACAAUUUAAUAGUUUCAGAAUCAUUUAGGAUUUGAUAACAGUAGUUCAGUUUCCAAUAGAGCCAUUUGUAUGAGUGUACGUGUAUUGUAUUUAUAAAAAGUUAAGCCACAAAAGUGUCUUUGAAUAUAUUGUUUCCCGUCAUAACAGAUCUGUAAAAAAAAAAAAAGACUGGCUAAGAACUGUUUAAAAUAAAUCAGUGUGAGAUUCCAAGUAGAGAGAAAAAGAUUCUUGAAAAUGUUCUGGAUCACUGUGCAAGACAUCCAUCCUGAUAAAUUGGGUGGUCUUUCUCACAAAUGUAGACAUUCACACAUGCACACUUUGUAUGCAACAAUUCAGCAGUGUCAAAUACUAUGUCUGAAGGGUAGAAGUGUCAAUGUUGUACUUGUGUUAUACAGUUCUGUUUACAAUGUGAGAGGAGGAAUGAGAGCAGGCUGAUAUACAACUUCUGAGAGAAUUUAUUUCCUGCAUUUUCUAAACCAUAUCACCAUCUAGUGGAAAUUAUUCUGUAAGCCGUUGCACAGAAUUCUACACUCUGCAAAUGCUAAGAGAAGCAACCAACGUUCUAUAACACGUUGACAACAUUUUUAAUCAAACCAGACCAGGAGUGCUUUAUUUUCUCUGACACAUUCAUCUCACCAUUGCCAAGGAGCACCUUAACGUAGCCUCACAUACUUUGUUUAAACAAGACUUGCCCGUGUUUAUUUUCUCAUUUACUUGUAUAUCUGAUUGACAGCUCUUUCCCUCAUGCAGUGUGUGGGUGUGUGUGUGUUUGUUGUUCACCCUGAAUAAUACAUUUCACUUUGUGUUCUCCUCAAAAAUAGUGACAUAAAAACAUGAUCCAAAGCAUAACCUAGAAAACAGCCUCUUCAUAAAAGAUGUUUCAUGUAUUUUAAUUAAUAUUAGUAAAUUUUAUUGGGAGGUUAAUUACUAAGAAGACAAUUCUAUCGAUGAAAAUUAUCAUUGCUGAAUUUGAAGACCAUUUGAAUGUGCACUCUGUCCACUCAUUACAUCUAGUGUAAGGGACGGUGGUGUGAUUGAUUGAUUUCAUUGCUAUUCAUGUGGCACAAGAUAAAGGGAAUUCAAUAUUUUUGGUAACAUCAUUGUUUACUUGUAUGUCAGAUAUUUGUCCCCUGUAUCAUAUUCUUACACACGCACACAUCAAUGAAUUAAAAUAUGGUUGUUACAGAGUAGUACAGUCAGUAAACUGUGUUGUGAGAAGAAAAAAAGUGCUCACUUUUGAAGAAACUAUGGUGCCCACUUUUCAGUGUGUUCAUAUUUUGAAAGCAGGUUUUCCUAGUCUAUGCUUGAAUAACGUUAUGUGGUAGUCAGGUGUAUGUGGUGAUGGCAGCGUGUACUCAUUGUCAUAGUAUAAUUUUUAGAAAUCAUCAAUUUUAAAAUGCACUUUAUUUUAAGUCUGAUUUUAUUUGUGUAUGAGGUUUGUUUGUAUAUGUAUGUAUUAUCUGGGAGAAAACUAUAUAAAUAUAUACAUAUUUAUUAUUGCAAUCAUUGAGAAUGACUAAUAAGUCUUAUCAAUUUGUGCAGUCCCACUUACUUCAGUAUUGCACUGUGGGUUGCAGUACUAAUUGUAUUGUGUAAGUAGCCUAUGACUUUUUAUCUUUAUUUUUUAAUCUAUAUUUAUUUGUUCAUUUGUUUUCUGGGGCACUUUUGAUGUGAUUUUGAUGCAGAAGACACCUGAAGUGCAGUAAGUGUAAUAAAAUACAGAGAAAAUAUGAA